UUAUAACGAUACAAAAACAUCAGAUGACGAUCAUUUGCUACUUGAGUAAUUAUUUUACAAUAGAAUUCUUUAAAGAGUAUAAAAUCAUCAUUUUAAUAAAACGUUUAUCUUAAGGGCAUCUUAAAAUAAGUCUUACAGUCGUCUUAUAAAACAAAUCAAGAGACAUCUCGAAGACGUUUCUAAAUCGUCGAAAAUUGUUGCAUAAGACGUCUCAUAGACGUUUUAAAUACGUUUCUCAGUUUUGUAAGACGUCUGAGUGAUUUUAAGAUGUCUUUCAGACGAACAUAAGACGACAUAAUGUUGUGUGGGUAGGUUAGGUUAGGUUAGAUUUGAUUAGUUUUUAGCCGUUAUUAUUCAGAUAUUGAUUGUAUUCAAAGACGUAAGAAAAUUAGCUUUUUUAAUUUCUUGUUUGUUUUUUUUUCUUGUUAAUAAUAUUUUGACACGUCGGUACUUAUAAUCAUGUAAUUUACUAAUAUAGUGAAACGUUUCAGCAAAAUGUUUUUAAAUUUUAAUGAUUUUUUCAUGGAAAUCUUAAAAAUCGUUAAUCUAGCCGGAUAAUUAAAAUUAAAAUAUCUCGGAAACUAAACAUUUCUGUACAUUCGCACUUGUAGUAAGUGGCCUCAACUGCAUUCAGUGUUACGUGCCUGUAAAAUUUUAUCAAAAUCAAGGCUGAAUCGGAUACGGAAGCUCAGCCCUUCACGCUACCCUCGUCAGCAUUGGUUUAUGCUCGGUUGUCUCCGGUGGUAUUCGGUUGCGACCGGCAAGCGCGUGGCGUGCGUCCGGCCGCUAGCGCCGUGACAUGUCGGCAGCCGACCAAAGCAGCUUAAAGUCAAACGCUGACGAUUGGGAAACGAUGUUGUUGUCUUCGUCGCGCGCGCCGCCGCCGACCAUCACUUCCAGCUGCAGAUCCGCAGUUGGUGCGUGGACUGUUUGUUCCAUUCGUCGCGUUUCGACGACGACGCGCUUACUGUCUUAAUCCGUUCGUAAUCGUGACUGGUGCUGCGACAGUUAGAGCGGUCGUUGUGCGUCUACAAUUCGCACAUACAUGCUGCAUGUUCGUCGCCGUUGGCGAUACAGCUACGUGCCUGCUUGUGGAAGUAUCGAUUCGUUUGAGUGCGAGAGCGAACGAGAAAGCGAGGAAGAGAAAGAAAGAGAGGAAAAGAGACUUCGUACUUUUGACUCGCGAGCGGCGUGCGAAAGCGUCACUUUACGCGCGUGGCGUUGUGUCGUCCCGGCGACACGUAAUACAUUUUACGCCCGCCAGCGGCAUUAUGCCGCGAUUAUUAUAAGCGAUGACAGCACACAGCGGCCUACUCGAGUAGCCGAGUUAACGCACUUCGGUGUGAUAACGCACACGGAAGGAAGCAUACGCCGUAACAACACGUCAUCUCGAUGGUACGAUUUUCUACUGUGUGCGUAUGAGCCCGGUCUGCCGCCUGACAGCUCCGCUAACGCGAAAACAAGUGAAGCUGCGCAAAGUGCUGCUUGAUGAAGGCAGUGGCUCCUCGUGGCGUCGGAUUCUCACUGCGGCGGGAGAUUGUCACGCCAUUUCCGGCUAUGCGUCGCGCAAAGGAUAUCGAAGAAAACGUCUUAUACGGGUAAAAGUACUGAGGAUGUUGACGCCAAGACGAGCGGGGCCGGUGGGUCCCGAGGAACUCGGAGAUGGGUCUGAUGACAAAGGCGCGAGCAACGCAACAAGCGGCUCGGUCACCCCAGGCGGAUCCUACGAGCAUGGUGAUAAUUCGAAGGAAUUUUUGUCAACCGGUAGAACUGGCAGGAGAAAUGCAUUACCAGACAUCCUUGGUCGACACGCCGAGACCGGUCUUUCCGAUCUGUCGGAUAGGUUCGAAGAAUUGUCCACCCACACAGGAUACUGGCACAUACAGGAUGUUCACCAACGGCGGACUGGGGGAUUUUCUCCGAACGGAUAUAAAAUUGAAAAAAAUGAUACUUUCCCUAAAUCGACCCCAAGGAUUAAAAAAAAAUAUUUUUGAAUUUCUUUGAUUCUCUCUUAAGAGAUUUUCUCGGGAAAAAGUUUGUUUUUUGACAUUUUCUUAUGGGAAGGAUAUGUUUUAACUUUAUAUUCGUAAAUAACACCAAAAAUAAGAUUUUUUAAUUUUGAAUUUUUUUAAUUUUAAAAAAUUUUUUAAUUAGAGGUUUCAUCAACCUGUUUAAAACUUGUGGAAAGACUCGUAACAUUUUGCGCGCACAAUUAAUAAUCUUAAUCAAUAAAACUAAAAACAAGAACAACAAACACAAGUUAACCAUAAGAAAAUGUUCCUCCCAGUAAAUAUGUCAAAAAGCAAAUUCUUUCUUCACAAAAAUCCCCGAGGGGCGAUUGGAAAAAUUCAAAAAUAUAUAUUUUUUUUAUAUUUUUGAGGUCGAGAUAAGGGGGGGAUCCCAAUCAACGGGAUUCAAAAAUCGAAAUUCCAAUUUUCACAUGAGUCGACAGUUUAGCAUUUCGAAAAUAUGUUCUCAUAGCUUUAAGGAUGUUUAGUACCUAUUUUUGAAAUAUUAGGAAUUUAACAAAAAUUUUACAGAUUGUUUUUACAUAUGUUCGGAGACUUAUGAUAAAAUCCGGAGUUGAUUCACUGAAGUAAUCAAAAGUUAUAAGGAUUUUAAUUUGCAACGAAUCCGUGACUUUAUGGAAAACGUGUAACCGUGUUUAUUUAACUGGCUAAAAUGGAUAGAAAACAACUUUUUUUGUUGAAGAAGUUUCUUUUUAUACAUUUUUAUGGUCACUAUUUUUCCUUUAAGGGCCUACUUUUGGCAUUGUGGAUAAACACAACUAACCUCUAUCCGCACGUCAAGCAUAAUUCAAAAAAUUCGAAAAUUCUUAGAAAAAAAACAACAGAAAUUUAAAAGUACAUUUCUGCACUCUAUUUAUGAAUAAAUGAUAAGAUUCUGUGCAAUCUUUAUUACUCAAACUAUAUGAGAAGAGCAUAUAUUCGUUAAAAUCAAAUUUCAGCAACUUUUUGCUACGAUUAUACGUACGAAACAUCCUUAAGUCGGAACUCGAACAUUAAAUGGAGCUACAGCCGAUUAGAAUGUAGCGCGUUACGCUGUGAUAGGUAUCUUUACUGAAAACUAAACGCGUCUCUUUCAAAAUCACUUUUUUCAAAUUGGCGUGCAACAUAACUCAAAAAAUAUUUAACCGACCCAUUUCUACUGAUGCACACAUUUACAUAAAUAUUUUCUUCAGGUAAUAAACUUCCAAAAAUAAUAAAAUUGUUUAAUUUAAU